CCUGUUAGAUAUUCACGUAGGAAUUCAAAGAUGGCCUCCUAUGUUAGAGUGGGUAACAAGGUAAUGAAGAUAGAGAUAAGAGAGGUUGAUGGUUCAGAAGAAUCCAACAGAUGGGUAGAAGCUGCUAGGAACGAAGCGAAACAAAGAUACGGAGAUUGGCUACAAGAAACGCCAACGAGAGGGGGUCGCAGAAUAGCGCCGUAUACCACAAGAAGGAGAGUGGAAUGCUGGGCGUGCGGGGGUGAACACAAACUUAGGUUUUGCCCAAGUAUAGAGUUGACAACGAAUAGUAAUGCGAAUGCACCAGGGAGGAACAUGGUAACCGCGGCAAACUCGAUGGAGUAAAGGGAGAAUUAAAGGGGGGAGAUGUAGUAUUAUGUAAA